AUGGACAGCCAUAUCAUUUUCACAAUCCCCAUAGCAGUUAUUCUUAGCAUUCUUCUUGGGCCUCUUUUCACGCGGAGAGAUGUCUACAAGAUCUGCUUCCUGGAAUUCAUUGCGGUCGCCUACACCAUUCCAUGGGACUCUUACUUGAUCAGAACAGGGAUUUGGACCUACCCACCGACGGUCAUCAUAGGUCCGAGACUCUUCAGUAUCCCCGUGGAAGAGCUGUUCUUUAUUGUCGUCCAGACGUACAUUACGACAUGCAUCCAGAUUUUUCUCUCUAAAUCGGUCAUGACCGCCACUCAUCUGCACAAUGAAACCGACACCAAAGAUUCUGUCGGAAAUAAAUUGCUGCUCCGCAAGCGGAUUGGACAAGUCAUACUGUUGCUUUGCUCCGUACUCCCUCCUUCCUUGUGGAAUGGACACUCAAAGGGCACCUAUAUGAUACUUAUUCUGAGCUGGUCCGCUCCAGUGAUGCUCAUGCUGUGGACUUUCGCCUAUCAAUUGUUACUUACCUUGCCAACGACACAUACGUUGUUUCCCGUUGUUGUGACCACCCUCUACCUGUGGAUUGUCGACACUUUCGCUUUGCACCGAGGCACCUGGAGUAUCGCCCCAGGCACAAAGCUAGGUAUUUAUGUCUGGCCACACCUUGAGCUGGAAGAAGCAAUUUUCUUCCUCGUCACCAAUGUUCUCGUUGUCUGGGGUGCCACUGCUUAUGACAACGCAGUUGCAAUUUUGGAUGUCUUUCCAGUGCAAUUUCCCCACGUCCCAGGAACUCCACCACCAAUCAUGCUACUCAAAGCAUUGUUUCUUUCCACGUCUAAGUAUGAUGUCGAACGGCUCGAGGGUCUGAACACGGCACUUUCAGUUCUAGCGCGUAAGAGUCGUUCGUUCUACCUGGCCUCAGGGGUCUUCGUCGGGCGACUGAGAAUUGAUCUCAUUCUCCUCUACGGAUUCUGCAGGGUAGCAGACGAUUUGAUUGACAACGUGACGUCAGAGGAAGAGGCUGAGACCUGGGUCAAGCACUUUUCGAGAUUCCUCGAUGUCAUGUAUUCGCCCGAAUCUGACGCGAAAAGUAUCAAAGAGGCCUUGAAUCCGUUCCCUUCUGAAGUACAAUCCGUGUUGCUUCAGCUUCCUGUGGACAAGCUGCCCUCUGCGCCAUUUCACUCUCUUCUAGAUGGAUUCCGCAUGGACCAAAAGUUCUUGAACAGAGAAUCGAAAUCCAACCCACCUAUCCAAACAUUUGAGGAUCUGCAACGAUAUGCUACCUGUGUCGCGUCAACCAUCGGCGAACUAUGCCUCCACCUGGUUUUCUACCAUGAUCCGGACGGUGAUACAAAUGCAGUGGUGAAGCAGAGGUGCCUUGAGUCAGGUGCGCGGAUGGGGCGGGCCUUGCAAUACGUCAACAUUGUGCGAGAUGUGCCUACUGAUGCUGAAGCUGGCCGAUGCUAUAUCCCAGCGGAAUGGAUCACAGAACCGAAGUCUCCCAUCGAAGCGGAAGUCAGGGUGCGACAGGAGACCACGCAUUUGCGAAAGAAGAUCUUGGAUAUAGCGUUCGCCCUGUACGUUGAGAAUCGAGAUGCGAUUGAGGAGUUGCCUCCGUAUGCUCGAGCCGGCAUUCGCGUUGCCGUGGAGAGCUACAUGGAGAUAGGUCGGAUGAUGCGGUAUCGUAUCCUUGAGGACAGGCCACUGAACUUUGAUGGAGGAGGCAGAGCCGGUCGAGCUUCUGUUCCCAAACGCAGACGGUUAAUUGUGGGAUGGCGGACAAUGAGGGGCUGGCGAGGCGAUCCGUGA